CUCCCGGCGCCGCUCUCUGUCUCUGCUCUCCCAUUCUCGCACUCGCUCGCUCUUCCUCCCGCUCGGCGCGCACGUACAGGCGCGGACGCCAUCGCCGGCGACCGAACGAAGCACCACCACAGCCGCUCCCUGCUCCACUGACCUCCCGCUCAGCUCCAUGGCCGCCGCGGGCUCCCUCAGCCGGCUGGCCCGAGGCCACCUGGGGUGCGGCCUGACACACAAGACCUGGGGUGUGUGUUGUUGGCUAACGAUACCAUUGCUGCUGUGCAGCCAAUUCUUGGUAACAAUGGCACACGAGAGCUGGAAACAAGAGUCCGAGGAGACUGGAGAGGCCCCAAUUCAGUGCAUAAACAAUUGUGGCUUCUUCGGCAGUAGCAUGACAAACAAGAUGUGCUCCAAGUGCUAUAAGGACUUCAUCAAGCUACACGAUGCUCCCGCCGCCGCCGCUGCCGAAGCCGUAGUAGACAACAAGCAAGCAGAAGAAGCAGCGGCACAGGAGCAGCAGCAGCCCCCAAACCCAAAGCCGCCGAGCAACCGGUGCCUGAGCUGCCGCAAGAAGGUGGGUCUGACUGGGUUCCAGUGCCGCUGCGGCGGGACCUUCUGCUCCACGCACCGCUACACGGACUCUCACCAGUGCACCUUCGACUACAAGACGGCGGCCAGGGAGCAGAUCGCCAAGCAGAACCCCGUCGUGAUGGCCGACAAGAUCAACAAGAUCUGAUGUCGAGGUCAUCGUCGUCGCUUCAUCCGCUGGAAGUUUUCUCUGAGACGCGCAUUCUGACCUGAAGUCCCGCAAGCCGCAAGUGGUGUAUUGACAUAUCGUCACCGGCAUUGUACUGUACACCGCUGCUAGUCCUUCCUUAAGUUUUCUAGUAGACGAGUUCUUAAGUUCUCUAGUAGUAGAUGAGUCUUUUAAAGUUAGAGUUAGGGUUUCUCCACUUCGCUUACAUGUUAUCUAGUAGAUCAAGUCUUCAAUUAGUCUUUCUUAUUUUUUUAUGGUAGAAAGAAGUAGACAUAAGAAAAAGUUCCCCACUUCGCCUGCAGGGUGGCCGUCAUUCAUUAGCCAUUUGUUAUCAGGCAUUUUGGUCUAUGCAGUCAUCUAUACAGUCAUACAAGUUAGAGUUAAGAUUUGAAACUAUACAAAGCAUGAGUAUAAUUUAGUUAAUCAGUUUCUAAAUAUACAUUAUGUAUUCUAGAGCGCUUUUAAUGUAAUGAUGUAUAUGAUCUAAUAUGAUCCUUCUUUUGUCUAAAAAAAGUUUUUCCACAAAUUGGAACAGCUUGCCUGAAUGUUUAGAAAAAUCAAAUUAACAGUUAUCGUUUGAUUUAUUCCAUCAGGCCUUGUUUAGUUGAGGUGAAAAGAUUUUAGGUACUAUAAGGCCAGUCUCAGUGGCCCGUUUCAAUGCAUUAUUUCCAAAACAAAUCUGCUGACAGAGCAUCAAUGUAACGAACAAUGAAACAACCUCCACAAUGCAUGAGUUUCACCUUGACGUUUCCUAGGCUAGGCAAAGUAUUUAAUUACUGCAAAAUAAUUGGAUCACAUGCAAGAUGGUGAAACAAUUUAGUCCUCAGUGGGAAUUUCAUCCCGUUUCACCGCGUGGGAAACAACGCCCGCGGAGUUUCACCUCCUUC